CCGCACCGCACCGCGGGGUGCAGCGGCCGGCGCCUGCCGUCCGCAGGCCUCCGCGCCCGGCGGUCCGCGGGGACAGGAGCCCGCUUUGUAUCUCUCCCGUUCGCGGCCGCCGCUGCGGCUCCGUGACCCUGGGCGCGCUGCGGGCGGGAGCGGUGCCCGUCCCGCCCGUCUCCCCUCCCUUCCUCGGUUUUGUCUCCUCCCGGGUGUGCAAGUUUCGGUGCCGCAGAUGGGCCCCAAGUUAGUGAGGAAGUUAAGUAACUUAAAGAUGCUUUUUAAAAUCCCCGAGGAAAAAUCUUUUUUACGCUCUUUUUAAUAUAUUCUGAGCAAUCCAUUUUUGAUCAAUGAUUUGAUUAAGAAAAAUUAGUGUAAAACCCGAAAAUGUGUGGAGCAAGGCUGAAACUAUUAGCAGAGUGCGAGAGGCAAUAGGAAUGAUCUGCAGGUGGGGCUCUGGACUUUCACCUAUAAAUGGCCUUUAUAUCAAAACGUUUUACGUUUUAAUGCUUGAGAAGAUAUUAAAAGCUCCAUCGGUGGGAUUUUCAGGGAGGUGGUGGGAAAAUACGAAGUAGCUGGACCCGUAUCAAAGCUGGGCUUAAUUCUCUUUCUUUGGAAAUAAGGCAUGCCAAGGAAGAAAGAAAAUGGCAAAGACAGAAAGUAUUAGGACACUGACUUGGCUUCAGUUUUGGUCUCACAUGGGCAACGUCUCUGGCUAAGCUGGGCUUGUUAACCUGAAAGGAGUAAGGAAAAGAGGGGGGAAGAUAUGGAGAGGAGGAGGGAGCAUUUUAUCACUAAUGCAAGCAUCAAAUUUCAAGGUGGAUUGAUAAUAGUUGCUGAUUAUGGGCUUUUCCUCAAUUUGUUUAUGGUGUGUUUGUUUUGUGUUUUGGGUUUUUUUUUUCCUCCUGGCGUGAUCCAGUCAGCCUCUGUCAAGCUAAAAGGUCCCAGACUCUGACUGGACAGUUUAGCUAACAGCAUGGUGAUAAACUUGCUUCUACCAAUCCACUCAUUUCCCCCAGUCUAAGAAUGAACCUUGCUUCCUUCUGGUGAGUUUGCAAAAAAAUAGGGGGGCAGAAUCAUCUGUUCUCUUGCUACUUCAUUUGCUAAUCAGAACUAUUUCUACUUACCAGUUUUAUUCCACUGAGUAAUCUGAUACUUGUCUUGUUAACUAGGGAAGACCUCAGCAUGCUACCCCAUUUGCAUUGGAAGGCCUCUUUGUUUGGUAUAUUCUAGCCCUUUGGGUUUUUAGCGGUUCCCAUCUCUUCCUAACUUUCAGUUUUUAACUUUUCCCUAAAAUUAGCUAAGAAACAGUUGUUUCUUCUUUUUUUUUUCCUUUUUUCCUUAUUUUCUAUGCAGUAUUCCUACCUGUUGUCAAUACUAAACAGUAGUCUGCUGUUUAACUGUAAAUGUUAGGUUAAGAAAACCUAAACUUAUCUUACCGGGGAUAGGAAUAAUACCAUACAAAUUCUGGUACAAAAGUGAUAAAAAGAAGUGUAUGCUCUCAGAAUGUAGUUUUGUAUGACUCCCCUGCAUAAUCUGCAGCAGUCAUCCAACUGCUGACUUUUAUCUGGGUCUUUAGGUCAUCCCAAUAACACCUACUUACCUUUUUCCUUCUCUUCAUCUUGUUCUCACUCAAGUUUCUCUGUCUUUUGCUGCAACAGCAUAUGCUUCUCAUUGCAGUAUUGUCCUUUCUUGGAAAGUAUACAGUUCAAUAUUCCUGCCAUGGCAUAGUCCUAAAGAUGCGCUCCUGACCUGUAGCUUUUCCCCCAUCAAAUUACGAGCAAGUAUCUAUUAUUACCUCAAAACUAUUAAAAUUUUAUUUAUGAACAGGAAGACUACAUAUUUAAAAGACUGAUCUGCAAAGGACUUGAGUUUGUUGCUUCUAGUUCUUGAAGAACCAGAUCCUCCUUGUUAGGCAAAUAAUAAUCAGAAGACUGGAUAGAUAUAAUUUUUUUAAAAACUGCAGUGUAGUGCAGAACAACAAAAAUGCCUUAAGGAGCCAAGUCAAGCAAAAAUAAACAUGUUCAGAAUCUUACUGAAAUCCCUUCUUUAAAAACAAACACACCACCCCCCCAAAAAAAAACCAAAACCAAACCAAAAAGAACAAAAAAAAAACCCCCAAACCAACCCCCCCAAACCCCCACUGAACUUCAAGAUAUUUGGAAAGACGAGAUCAGCAUUUUGAAGAUUCCCUGCACAGGACAACCUAGGUAGUAUCUGUUGCUUUACCGCCUGAUCACCUUCUGCACCAAUAAUAAAAAAUGGCUGGACCAUUAACCGAUGUGACGAUGUGUAAGGACGAAGAAGGAGGAACUAAGUCUUUUGGAUUUGUCUGCUUUAAGCACAGAGAAUCAGUGCCUUAUGCAAUAGCUUUGCUGAAUGGAAUACGUUUGUAUGGAAGGCCAAUUAAAGUGCAGUGUCGGCUUGGGAGUUCUCGCUCACCAGAACUAAACAGCCCUACGCAUGGUUUUGAGAACCAUACUGACUUAUAUUCACCUUCGUAUAGGUAUCAAGAGCCUUAUGGAAAUCCUCCAUUUCCUGCUACUCCUUUUCCAAUGAACAAUAGUUUACCUCAUGAAUACUCAGGCUUUCAACAGAUGACAAACCAUUUUUUAGUACAGCAGUACACAGUACAGAGUCCAAUGGGUCAACAAUUUCCUUACUAUCAGAUGACUCCACCACUGCCUUCAAAUUUAUCCUUUUCUCUCUAUCAGAAUCAAGCUGCAAAUUUUAAAUCUGCACAGAGUUCUUUAGAAUUGGCCCUGCCACAUUCAAGUGACUGUGAAGUGCACCAGGUGGAUAAAAGCACCUCUAAAAGAAAGAGAGAACAGCAAAGUUGUGACGGUGACACUAGUAUUGAGGAUGACAAAAAGAAACAAAGAAAGCAUGACCAAAAAUACAAGAAGCGCAAAGCCAAGAAAAAGACGCAUUAAUACUGUGUUAACUGGUUUCAUCUUUUUUUUAAAUUAUAUUUGUUAUUUUUAUUUGA